AUGGGUGAUAUGAAGACCCCUGAUUUUGAUGAUCUCUUGGCUGCCUUUGACAUCCCUGAUGCAACCAGUCUGGAUGCCAAAGAGGCCAUUCAUGGGAAUCAGGAUGAAGGAGAUGGACACCUAAAACACUCAGAGAUGUGUAUGGAUACUACAGUUUCAAUCCCUCAUCCAGUGCCCACAGCCGAUGCCCCUGCUGUCAGUGUUAUAGUGAAAAACACCAGCCGCCAGAAUUCUUAUGAAAACCUUGUGGAGAAGGAGAGCCCUCAUUUGGGGCACCUUUUACAGAAUGGCUUCAAAAGUUCUGUGGGUUCACUGGAGACGCAUCCCUCCAGCUAUCCAAGGUUGGAUAGCUCUUCUGUCAAUGGAGAAAAUUUUAAUCAUUCCUUGGAAAAGACCCCUGUCCUCUACAAGCCUGAAAAAGGUCCCACUUUGUCAGAAUCUGUGUCUCAGUUUAGUCCUAUUUCUAGCCCAGAAUCUGAAGAUAUUCAGAGCAAUGGAAUCGAUGACUGUCCAAAAUCUGCAGAGACUUCAUACUUCCCAUCUGAUUCACUUUUUACAUCACCGACAGUUACUGUUUUAGACUAUCUUGAAAAAGCAGAUGUACCAGACUCGGGAUGCAAUUAUAGUCACUGCGGUUCAAAAGGUGUGGAUGAUCUCGAGUCUGAUAGUUCAUCUUUCAAAGAUGACCUGGUUGGCAAAAAUGCUGAUUCCGCAACUAAGAGUGACUGCAGCCAAGACUGUAGAACAAAUACAUAUCCAACCCUAGAGACAAAUUCUCCUUCCCGUCCAUGCGCCAAAGCUCAUACAUCCAGAUUAUCUUCUUGUAUUGAUGCUUUAGCAGCCCUAAAUCCUAAAAAAGAUUCAGGUGGGCAUAUUAAUUCAAAGGACAUUCCAGUUACCCCUAAAGAGACAGUGAAAAUUAGUCAAAAAAUACCCAUAUCCCCAAGGAGCCCAAAAAGUCCUCUGGAGGUGGUGAAACGCUUCACGAAGCAGCCUGACAGCCCAAUGAGUAUUUGCAGUGACAGCAGUGGUAAAGCAUCUCCAGCUGUCGCUACUGGCUCGCCUCCAGCCAUUCCACGAGUCAGAAUAAAGACAAUCAAAACCUCAUCUGGAGAAAUCAAACGCACCGUCACAAGCAUAUUACCAGACUCUGAAACCGAAGAUCUGAUGUCACCCUUUGGGUCAUCACCAUCUCAGUCCUCAGUUGAAGAGGCCUUCUCGAAAACGUUACCCCCGAAUCAUUCAACUGAUAUUAUUUCAGAGGUAAUUUUUGAAGAUGGAAGUCAGGAGGCUUCAAAGAUGGCUUCAUCAGGCAGCACAAAAUCAGUGAGGAGCUCAAAGUCACCUCAAAUCCAAAAUAUUGGUCAUGCUUUGAAGACAACAGAAGGUGGAACCCAGCAAAGGAAGGCCACUUCUGCUCAGAUUGGUUCUUCUGCCAACACAAACUACCUUCCGAAGGCAUUACACCUAGCAAACCUAAAUCUAGUCCCACAUAGCGUGGCUGCUUCGGUUACAGCAAGAUCUUGCACAAACAGACAGGAGCCCUCUCAGUUAUCAUCAUCAAUGGUGUGUAGUUCAGUACCAUUGGUGCAUCAAGUUAAAAAAGUCUCCCCAAACACACGAGCUGUUGUUCCAAAUACUGCAGCCGGAACCUUAAAUAGACUGUUGAAUUAUUCAAACCCAGUGCCAACAUAUGUUCCCAACCUUAGUCCACCACCCGGCACCAACAUCAAGCUCCCAACACAAGGUUAUUGCUGCCUAGAGUGCGGAGACUCAUUUGGGCUGGAAAAGAGUCUUUCUUACCAUUACAGUCGCAGGAGUGUGCAUAUUGAAGUCGCAUGCACCCACUGCUCCAAAACGUUGGUGUUUUUUAACAGAUGUGCCCUUCUGGCACAUGCUCGAGAUCACAAGAACAAAGGAAUGGUAAUGCAGUGCACUCAGUUGUUUAUGAAGCCCAUCGCUGUUGACCAGAUGUUGGUGCCCACCAAGACUAGUCUGCAGUCUGCAAUUCAGAUACCUUGUGGGAACACCACCACAGAGCCGUCCAAAGGCCAAGUGGUCUUGCCACUUUAUCCUGACAAUGUUAUCAGAAAUGGAUCUAAAUGUCUGGAAUGUAAUAAACAAAUAUCAGACUAUACAGCACUUGCAAGACACUAUCAAAAAUCGUCAGAGGAUGAAGGACUGAUCUGCAAGGUUUGCUCAAUGCUGCUACCCAACAAGUGCAGCUACAGGGCCCAUCAGCGCAUUCAUACACACAAAUCCCCUUAUUGCUGUCCUGAAUGUGGUGCACUCAGUCGCUCAGUGGACAUCCAGAAGCAUGUGAAGGAGAAUUGUCUUCACUAUACCCGUAAAAUUGGGUACUCGUGUCUGCAUUGUGAAAUGCUUUUCAUGUCACUGUCCCACUUGAAGAGUCACAUUGAGGAGAAGCAUUGUGAGGUCUUUUAUAAGUGCACAACCUGUCCUGUAGCCUUCAAAUCUUAUGAUGGCUGUCUGAUGCAUGUGAAAAACAAGCAUGGUGGCAGCGAACCCAACCAUCAGGUGAUCUACAAGUGCUCUUGCGAAACGGUCUUUAAACGGAGGCAAUUAUUAUACCAACAUUUUCAUAAUCGCAUAUGUGUCUUCAAGUGUCCCGAGUGCACUUCGCUCUUCCCAGAGAAACUGCCUUUGGUGCAACAUUUCAAGAAUACCGGUUGGACCUGUGGAGUUUGUCUCCUCUGGGUCCCUGACAGAGAGACUUAUGUCAGUCACAUGAAGACCAGCCAUGGCAAGUCUUUAAAGAGGCAACCAUGUCGAUUAUGUGAAAGGUCUUUUAAUUCACCUAUGAGUCUUAAACGACACAUUCAAAAUGAUCACAAUGGGAAAAAGAAAGUUUAUACAUGCUGGUACUGCACAAGUGAGAGGAUGUCCUUCACUGAACACUCUUUGCUAAAGAAUCACAUCAGUUUGAUGCAUGGAAGGCCAAAAAAGAGAAGAGCAGAACACCCAGAUGGAGUAAAAGGAAAUGGAGAAACAUCACACAACACCCCAUCUAAGCGACAUAAGCCACUUUAUCGAUGCGCCAAGUGUGGCUUUACCUCUGAAGCCCAGGCCCAGUUUCAGGAGCACAUACCUCAACACAAAAGCGACAGCAACACACCCCAGUGCCAGCACUGCGGCCUUUGUUUCACGUCUCAGCUAGCACUCAGCAGACACCUCUUCAUUGUACAUAAGGUCAAAGAACCAGAAGAGCAUGAAGACUUUAAAGAUGGGAAAGAACGAGAGAUCUCGACAGACUUGAGCGAUGAAACUGUACCUCUUUUGCGAAAUAAAACUGGCCUGUCCACAGCAGAGGAGCAAUUAGGACUCCACAAUGUGCCCACAGACACUGAUUACAACACACAGACAUCAGAAAACAGUGGACUAGAAGAUAAAAAGGCCUGA